GCAGCCACAACAUCCACAGCAGCAGCAGCCACAACAUCCACAGCAGCAGUAGCCACAACAUCCACAGCAGCCGCAGCAGCAGCAGCAGCCGCAGCAGUAGCAGCAUCCGUCCACCACGUCGCCCCCCAAGCCCAGCUCGAGUGGGAAGAGCCCGAAGGGCAGCAUGGAGAUCAGUUUCGGCGGAAAGCACGCGCUGGUGACGGGGGCAGGCAAAGGUAUUGGCAGGGCCACCUGCAUAGCCCUACAGAGUCUGGGAGCCACGGUGACGGCGCUGAGCCGGACCCAGGCCGACCUGGACAGCCUCACCCACGAGUGCCCCGCGGUGCGUGCCGUGUGUGUGGACCUGGCCGACUGGGCGGCGGUGGAGGCGGUGCUGGGGGCCGUGGGCCCGGUGGACCUCCUCGUCAACAACGCCGGCGUCGCCCUGCUGCAGCCCUUCCUCGACGUCACGGCGGAGGCCUUCCAGCGUUCAUUUGACGUGAACGUGAAAGCAGUUCUUCAGGUGUCACAGGCGGUGGCGAGGGGCAUGGUGGCACGGGGAAGCGGCGGCGCCAUCGUGAACGUGUCGAGCCAGGCGUCGCAGCGAGCGCUGCUCAACCACACCGUCUACUGUGCCUCGAAGGGAGCCCUGGACAUGCUCACCAAAGUCAUGGCCCUGGAGCUUGGACCUCACAAUAUCCGCGUGAACGCCGUGAACCCCACGGUGGUGAUGACGGACAUGGGUCGCGAGGCAUGGAGCCCCCCGGAGCGAGCGGGUCCCAUGCUGGCGCGCAUACCACUCGCUCGAUUCGCCGAGCUGGAGGACGUGGUGAACGCCGUCGUGUUCCUGCUGAGCGAGCGCAGCGCCAUGGUGCACGGCGUCACGCUGCCCGUGGACGGGGGCUUCCUCGCCUGCUAGGCGACGCAGUCACCGGCGUCACGCUGCAGCGCCACGGUCACCACCACCACGUGUCACAUCACCAACCCUGGUGCCUCCAAGCUAAACACCAGGGGGUGGCACCACCGGCGUUCCCGCCACCCUGGAGAGCCCCUUCCUCCGGAGGGUGCUUGGCCUACUCUUCCGCAUUGCUAUUAUUGUACAGCCGGAGCGAUCGCCCUCCAUGGGCGUAUGUCGGGUGAACUGUUCCGGAAAUCUCUGCCUUAGCAGCGACACGGCUAACGCUGUUGCCAGCAAUGACAACAACACACGCUUUGCACACGCCGUCACCAACACCGUGUCGGCGCGAAAAUCAUGCCUCCCACUCGAUCCCCCCCCCGCCCCCACAACCACCAGCAGCUCUAAAUAAAGCUACCGAUCGUA